AUGGUACGGCCUGCCGGUACAGCUCUCUGAGCGCCGUCAUUGAUUCAGUAGUAACGGAGCAGACGGCUUUCAGAGCGGGCGCAGCGGAAGCCAGAGGCGAACAGGCAGACGGAGAAGCAGAGAGAAAAAAAAAGAAAAAAACGAGGAAAAGGACCCCUGGCCAUUUCCUGCUUUCGGUUCGCUGCCGCCCCGCCGCCUCCUCCCUCCGCCUCCCGUCCCUGCUAUGACCCUGUUUAAGAGCGAACAUCGCAGCCCGAGACACAUAAGCAUGACCGGAGAGCUGAAAUCAGGCCGCCCCAAGGCAGGACCCAAGAGAUCCGGCAGUGCCCUGUACGGAUCUGACUAUGACCUGGAGUACGAGUGCUGCCAGGAUGACUUCUAUGACAGGGUGUAUGACUACCAGCGCGUCCCGGCCUCCCUGACCUCCAUCCCGCACGGGCCCGCCCUGGCCAAGCGCCCCCGCACCUCCUCCUCCGGCCUGCGGCGCAGCAGAGACAGGCUGCUGUCCAAGAGCAGCGCCCGGCCCGGCUCCUCCAGCUCCAGCAGGGCCAAAUUGAAGAUGGAAGAGCUGCAGACAAUAAAGAGGGAGCUGACUCUGAUUAAGGUGCAGAUCGAUGGACUGCUGGAGAGCCUGGACAGGAUGGACAGACAGAGGAGGGAUCGCACUGGGUCCCCCCCGACUCGGGAGGGCAGUUUGACGGGGUCGCCCUACCACGGCCUGGCCAGCAGUCCCGACGGCUCCCCCAGCAGCCACAGCCCCCACCGCCGCGUCCGACGGGACCGAGAUGGCGGGGAGAGUCCGGAGCUCGGGGAGGCGAGCGAUGAUGACCGCCACACGAUGAAUCAUCACAGCUCGGACCUGGAGGAUGACAUGUGAGAAUCUGCAGCUCAGACUAAGCAGGAGCCCGGUGACAGAGCUGAAGUGGGGAGCACUAUACAUGGAGGGGGGAGGGAGGGGGGUGACCAUCGCCAGUCCAGCAGUUGCCAUGGAAACACCUGUCUCCAGCCUCACCCACUUUCGUUGUCACAGGACUCUAGUUAUCUGUUGUACAUUUGUAAAAAAACAAAAACAAAACAAAAACAAAAAAUGUCUACUGGUCCCCCCUGGCCUCCCGCACUCAUCCUCCACCUUGUUCAUAUUUUCUCCCAAAAUGCAUUGGGCCACCACAUAUCCAUCACUACCUGUUUGAAUACAUCUCCACGGUUGGCACUCCUACUCCUCCCCCUCUUUAGAAGAGUUGUGGCUG